CGCCUCUUCCUCCACAACGUCUUCUUUUGCAGCGCGAGUCUUGUUUCGCUUCACACGCCAGUAUCCAGCCAAAAUGUCUCUCUCCAACAAGCUGUCCAUCACCGACGUCGACGUCAAGGGCAAGAGGGUCCUGAUUCGGGUCGACUUCAACGUGCCCCUCGAUGAGAACAAGAACAUCACCAACCCCCAGCGAAUUGCCGGUGCCAUCCCCACCAUCAAGCACGCUCUCGACAAUGGCGCCAAGGCUGUCAUCCUGAUGUCCCACCUCGGACGUCCCAAUGGCGCUGUCAACGCCAAGUACUCCCUCAAGCCUGUUGUUCCCAAGCUGGAGGAGCUCCUUGGCAAGCCCGUCACCUUUGCUCCCGACUGUGUCGGCCCCGAGGUCGAGGCCAUUGUCAACAAGGCCGACAACGGCGCUGUUAUCCUGCUGGAGAACCUCCGAUUCCACAUUGAGGAGGAGGGCAGCUCCAAGGACAAGGAGGGCAACAAGACCAAGGCCGACAAGGCCAAGGUUGAGGAGUUCCGCAAGGGCCUGACUGCUCUGGGCGACGUUUACGUCAACGAUGCUUUCGGCACUGCCCACCGUGCCCACUCUUCCAUGGUUGGCGUUGACCUGCCCCAGAAGGCCGCCGGUUUCCUCAUGAAGAAGGAGCUCGACUACUUCGCCAAGGCUCUCGAGUCCCCUCAGCGACCCUUCCUUGCCAUCCUCGGUGGCGCCAAGGUCUCUGACAAGAUCCAGCUCAUUGACAACCUGCUUGACAAGGUCAACACCCUCAUCAUCUGCGGUGGCAUGGCUUUCACCUUCAAGAAGGUCCUGGACAACCUCGCCAUUGGUGACUCUCUCUUCGACAAGGCCGGUGCCGAGACCGUUCCCAAGCUGGUUGAGAAGGCCAAGGCCAAGAACGUCAAGAUUGUCCUGCCUACCGACUUCAUCACCGCCGACAAGUUCGACAAGGACGCCAACACUGGCCUCGCCACUGACAAGGACGGCAUCCCCGAUGGAUGGAUGGGCCUCGACUGUGGUGACGAGUCCAUCAAGCUGUACAAGGAGGCCAUUGACGAGGCCAAGACCAUCCUGUGGAACGGCCCUGCUGGUGUCUUUGAGUUUGAGAAGUUCGCUGGCGGCACCAAGGCCACCCUUGACGCUGUCGUCGAAGGCUGCAAGAACGGCAAGAUUGUCAUCAUUGGCGGUGGUGACACUGCUACCGUCGCUGCCAAGUAUGGCGUCGAGGAUAAGCUGAGCCACGUCUCCACUGGUGGCGGUGCCAGCUUGGAGCUGUUGGAGGGCAAGGAGCUCCCCGGUGUCACUGCUCUGUCCAGUAAGUAAAUUGCAUACCCUACUUAUGGGUCGAAUGAGCGAGAGGAAUAAAUUGAUGACGGGGGGAUAUGGCAUAAAAAGGUCGGCUCGGAGCACCCCAUCUAUAACGGAAAAAAGUAUAUAAACAUAUACCAGUGCGGAUAUGCAAAAUAAAAAGGUUUAACGUCAUUAUA